UCCCACUCUCAUAUACGACAACCCUUCCAAUCUCACAACCCCAACUGCAGCUACCCCAUCCUAACCACCCCCCUAGAAAGCAAUAUAUCAUUCUUGUUUACUUACUUGCAAGAAUGCAUAUAUACUUUCUUGGGAUCUUCUCAUCAAGUUGUGAUGGCAACAAGAAGUGAAGAAGAAGAAAAAGAAAAAGAAGUAAGAAGCACAAGUGAAUUCAAGUGUAUGCAUCCAUUGUAUUAUGUUCUUGACUCCCAAAAUGGCUGCUUCUCUUCUGAGAUGAUGGCUCCUCGAACAAGCUUUGACGAAGAAUGUCGAAAAAUUCAAUAUGAAGCGGAAUUCGCAACGAGUAGUAGAGCUAAUGCUAGUGGUAGAAGUUUGAGGGGUCUAACUCAAGAAGAAGAUGCACACAUUCUGCAGCAGAGAAACAAAGACAGAACUGAUUCUCAUCUCAUUGAUCAUCUGAUGGAGAGUGGUCACAAGUCAGCAACGAAGGUUCACCCGAGAGCUUAUGAGUCGUGCUUGUGUCACUCGGAUGAUUCAACGAACUCAAUCCACAAACGCCCUGCUGCACAAGUUGGGGCGAGAUUCGAGCCAAAACCUUUCUCUAAUGCAUUGGCAGUUCUAAGUUCGGACAAGGACUUGCUCGUUGUGGAAUUCUUUCCUGAGACAUACUGUCUUCCUAAGAAUUGCAUCAAGGAUCUUCAGACUGAGAAACAAACAGUAACCUUCAAGGCUGAAAUUCAAAAGACACAGCAUUCAGGAAGAUUCGCGUGUCACUGCUCAUCGAGGGAGGUUGGUGAUAGAUCGAGGUUGAACAGGAGCCUCGUGUCUCUCUCUGUGGGAGAAAUAAAGAGGAAACUGAAGCUUACAUUUGGAAGCAGAAGAAGAAAAGGUUCAGAACAUUGGCCUAGGUUUAGACUUCUCCACAACAGAUCAAUUUUUGGAUAUGACUGCUUUUAUAGUGGAGUAGAAACUAGGAAUCGUUUGAGUUCUAACACUAAUGCAAAGGCAAAGAAAAAUGUGGUCAAGAAAGAAGGCCUCCUGAAGGGGGAAAGGAAGUUUCUCGCGGCUGGAGAAGCUGAAACUGCACGCACGAAAAUAGAUGUCUCAAGAGAUGUGCUGUCUGAGAAACAUGGAGUUGAUGCUUCUGCAACAACUAGGUUACAAAAUCCAUGGAGGGUUAUGUCUUCACUAGAUAUGGAGUCGUGUUUUAGCCCGAGAAGGGAAAGCCAGUACAUUCCUGGCUCUGCACAAGCGAGUUUGAUCAGUCCUUCCAGACAGAGCAUUUACAUGAGUCCGAUGAGAACGUGCAAAGACAUUGCACCAUGUGAUGGCACGGCGGGUAGUGUGAGGGCAGAGGCGAACUCCUCUCUCGUUGACGAAGAAGCAAGGAUCACUCCAUCUCCAAACAUCAAGUUCAUUGAUACGCCUAACACUGUAGGUUCAGGAAACGUUCAUCAUUCAGAAGCACAACAUGAUGCAAUGAUCAACAAUGCCAAAAGAGCUGAAAAACUCAAGUUAAUGCAUUCCAUAAUGGAUUCAAUAUCAGAGAAUAAGACAUUUUCAAAUGCAGCUGAUGAUUUUCCAUCUAGUCCCACAUGUGACAUACGUGACAACAACAAAUAUCAAGAAGAAUAUGAAAGCCCUGUUUCGGUCCUUGGCCACUUCUUCGCAGAAGACUCCAGCAGUCCAUGGAACGUGACAUUUCAAUCCGCGCGUGGAGCCCUAAAACCACGUCGCCUUCACUUCGAGGGGCACAAAUCAGCAUCACCCUCACAAGCCACAGCAACAGGGUCCGGACCGUGUAUGCACGAUCAAGACUACACUAUCACCAACUACGUACUUAUGAUUCUCAAAGCUUCUGGUCUAAACUGGGAUCAGCUAUCAGCAAUGAGGCUGCAGUCUGAACAUCUGCUUCAUCCGUCCUUGUUCGGUCAAGCCCAGUAUCUGGGGUUCGCCCCUCACUUCGACACAAGACUUCUCUUUGAUCACAUCAAUGAAGUCCUGCUCGAAACGCAGCGAUCCCACUUGUUAUCUCCAUAUUGGCCAGCAUUUGCAAAGCCAAGAAUCUGUUGUUUUCCACUGGAAGAAGCCGUGGUUGAUGAGAUCAUGAGAGAUGCUGAGUUCUAUCUGCUUCCUUGGACACAGAGAAGGACCUUGGAACAGCUUAUAGCCAAAGAUUUAUCGGGCGCUCGAUCAUGGCCCGAUGUUCGGCCCGAAACAGAGCAAAUCAUCCAUCACAUCUCAGACUAUAUUCUGGUGGAAUCAAUUAUUGAUGUAAUAUUUGAGCUUCAUUCUUGAAUUAGAUGUAUAUUUAUGCCUUUUAUUUUAAUACUAUGACCUUUACCCCCA